GGCAACAUAUUUCAUAUUGGGUAAAGUGCGUUGGACAGUUCAUUUUGAAAGAACCAACUUGUUUGAGUAGCCAUGAGCAAUUUUUGUGACUGUUUUGUGCAUACUGUAUUCUUUUUGAUAUCUGCGCCUGGGAUAGUUCUAUACCCAGUGGCUUUUUUUACCCCUCAUUGGGUGUCGGAUUCCAGAUGUGACGUAGUUGGACUGCUUUACAAAUGCUGUAUUGUAGCUGAAAAUGAUAUACAGAACGGCACCUACAACAGUACCUACAAUAGCACCUACAAUCGCACGCACAAUACACUUACAACAACUGAGGUCAGUAUUAUUGCCACUACAGACAAUUCCACUAACAUUACAGAUGAUACUAUGCUUGGUUUUCGAAAAUGUAAUUUCGAGGGGAAAAAUGCUUUAGACAUUCGAGUGGUAGGAUUAGUGGCUACGUCGACAACAUUUGCUUUAGCCAUAUCUGUCGCUGUUCUCUGGCAAUGUGUAUGUAAUUGGAGCUGCAGGGACAGUAUUGAUGACACUGUUUAUGAAAUUUUAGAAAAUAUGUGGGAGAAAUUGAAAAUGCUUGCGAAGAGUGACACGGGUUUCCCGUCCAUCCAGAUGAUUUCAGGUAUCCUGAGCUUUUCUGGUUGUAUGCUAGUUCUUAAAGAUUAUUCAACGGAUCAGCUGGGAUAUUCCUUCUAUAUAUGUCUAGGUCCUAGUAGCUUUGUGAUUAUCGUGCUUGGACUAUCUUUAACGGGAUCAGUACUUUACGGAAUGGGAUAUUGCUUAUAUUAUUGCUGUGGGGCGUGUUUAGGAGCGUGUUUAGGAGCGUGUUUAGAAUGUUGUUGUGAAUCCGACAGUUCCACAGAUAACAAAGUUAAAGAUGCUGCAACUAAAGUUAAUGACACUAAAACUAAAACUGCAGUAAAUGAUCAGGUUGCGGGAAAAAAAGGAACUGAACGGAAGAGUACUAACGAAAACAAUGCAGAGACUGUAGACUUGUCUGUAGAUGAUGUUGCUGUUGAAAUGAAAGGGGUAGGUAACCAAGUAUUUGCAUCAGACGAAGUGUCAGAUGAUGAGGAGCAGAAAGUACCUUACAGUAAAGAUGUGGCUUAUGAUAUGUCUGAUCAAGAUACAACAACCAUCAUUGUUCAAUCUGCAAAACCUAAACCGAAAUCAACAAACGAUACCAGAACCGAUGCCAAGUCGGAUUUUGUGGAAAUAGAGCAAGGCGAUGGAAAAUCACAAAAAAAGAAAGGGGGAAAUACAAUGGCAGAAUCACUGGCAAAGCUUAAUGUGAAGAAUUUGUUUGUAUUUUCGAUCGGUAGCUGCCAUUGUGUUUGUGUGACAAAGAAAGAUGAAAACACAGAGGUGUAAGAAAAAAGUAGAGAUGCUAACUGAACUCCUAAGCUAUAUACCACUCAUGAUACUAUGUAACACUAUUUAUAUAUCUUAUAUUAUCCUUUAGAGUGUUUAUAGUGUAGAAGAUUCUACUUUGGAUGUCAGAAUGUAUGUGAUUUAUACCAAGUUGCCAAGUUUGAAGUUCGGUAAAAAAAGGCUAGCAAUUAUCAAAAUGCACUCUAUUUAAUUGUAUUUUAAGCCAUUGAUUAUCAAAUAUAUUGUGAUUCAGACAAUAUUCGGACAAAGAUUUGUGAAAAUAAUAAAUCCUAAACUGAUAAAACCUGCUUUAGCGAUCACCUCUAUUAAUCAGACAGUGUCUCACCUCCUGAAAUGGUCAUUCAUUCUAUAAAUUACCUGCAUUAAGCAACCACCUGCUGUAAGCAGUCACUUUUUCCCACUCCCUUGGCUGGCUGUUUAAGACAGGUUUUACUGUAUGUGUAUUGGAAAUAAUUGGAUUCAUGACUGUAUGUGUAACUCAAAAGCGAAACUUGCUGUAUCAGAGGUAAUUGGCGUAAGCAAGAACAACUAUCGUAUCAUAUGUAAAAGCAUAACAAUAUCUCGCAUAGAAAGCAUGUAUGCAUGUAGCUAUUUAAAUAUAUUAACAUAUUUCUGUUGUAUUGUUUAAUCUGACACACAUCCGAAAUCCUCAUAUAAACUUUUAUAAUGAAAUUGCUUCUUGUAGUUACCCUACUUCCGUUGAAAUCUGCCCCUGGUCUUUAUGGCAUAUUGUGUGAUUCAUAGGGUCUUACGCUUUCAAAUGGUAGUGACUAAGGAUGGCGAAUGUUUUAUUGUGUUCGUGCUAUAACGUCUGCAGAAAGAGGAAACGAACAUGCGUCAACGCUAUUCUAGCAUAAAACGUGAAAACAAUUAAAAUUUA